AAGCGGCUGCCGGUCCGCAUUCAGAGAAGCGGCUGCCGGUCGACAUAGAGAAGGGGCUGCCGGUUCCGCGCACAGAGACGCAGCGGGUCGGCAAGCAGAGAAGCCGAGAUUAGUUUCCCAGGCGCAGCCUCGCCUUUGCGCCCCGGCCGCGUGAGAAAAAGCCGGGAAAGCCUCUCCUCUGCCGGGGCCAGCCUCGCUUCCGAGAUUGCUCUGCUCUGAACCGAACCGAGCCCUCCUCCGGCUGCUCGGCGGCCGUCCCUUCGAGGACCCGCGAUCCGGGAUUUCCCAGCCUUGCGUUCCCCGCUUCCCCGAUCGCUCCAUAACCUUCGUCGGGGUUACUGCCCUUGGUCACCCAACCGCUUUUCCUGGACCUCUCCUUGCCGCGGAAGGUCUUCUCCACGAGCCAGCCUGGCUUUCUUCUGCAGCUUUUGCUAGCUGGGUUCUCGUAAUCCGGUUUCUGCUUCUCGUGUUUCUCCCCUUUGCCCCCCCUCCGUGUUCUCCCAUGCUGGGGGAAAGAAUCACACCCCCCCCCGGACCCUGAUGGUAUAACGGCCCUUUCAUCCUCACCUUCAUCCCUUCUUCUGGUCUUCCUGAUGAUGGGGCGGUCUUCUCUUUUGUAGUUGCCCUUCCCCAUCCCCCUUCUUCCCCCUCCUCCUCCUCUUGACCUUCCAUCCUUCACAGGGUGCUUCUUUGAACCUUCUGAGGACCUGGGGGGUAUCGUCCCAUUCCAUGCCUCCUUAGAUCCUUCAGCUGGAGCCCUCAGUUGCACUCCUUGGAUUCUUCCUCUUUUGAAGAGUCUGGGUGACACUCUCUCUAUAGUUUCUCUUUUCUCUUCCAGCUCCCUUCACGCCUCCUAUAAUGGACUUUCUUCUCAGUGGGGUGGCUGCCUGUGGGGCCUGCCUCUUUACCAACCCCCUGGAGGUGGUGAAGACUCGGAUGCAGCUCCAAGGGGAGCUCCGUGCUCCUGGCACCUACACCCGUCAUUAUCGUAACGUCUUCCACGCCUUCUACACCAUCGGGCGGGUGGACGGGCUGGCAGCCCUGCAGCGAGGACUUUCACCUGCCCUGUUCUAUCAGUUUGGCUUCAACGGCAUCCGCUUGGGCACCUACGGGAUGGCGGAAUCGGAAGGCUACAUCCACAACCGGGAUGGGCGGAUCAGCCCGCUGCGGGCCACCUUGGCAGGAGCUUUGGCUGGUGCCGCAAGUGCCAUUGUGAGCAGCCCCCUGUAUCUGGUGAAGACUCACCUCCAAGCUCAAUCAGCUUCUGAGAUUGCUGUAGGACACCAGUAUCGGCACGAGGGAAUGUUCCAUGCACUGUGUGGGAUUCACAAAGAACACGGUGUGCUAGGGCUGUGGCGUGGAGCCAUUUCUUCCGUGCCCCGAGUCAUGGUGGGUUCAUCUACGCAGCUGUCAACCUUCUCCUUUUCCAAACAAUUCUUCAACCACCUUGAGGUCUUCCCCAAAGAGAGCUGGCUGAUUGCCUUGUGCGCCGGGAUGACCAGCAGCUUCAUGGUGGCCAUCGCCAUGACACCUUUUGAUGUGGCCAGCACCCGCCUCUACAACCAACCGGUUGGACCUGACGGCCAGGGCAUGAUGUACAAAGGACUCUUGGACUGCCUGGCCAAAAUCAUCCAGACCGAGGGCUUCUGGGGCGCCUACAAAGGGAUGGGUGCUUCUUACUUCCGCAUCGGGCCCCACACGAUCCUCAGCCUUCUCUUCUGGGAUCAGAUCCGCCAAGUCAACUUCCGCUGGCCGCAGGAGUGAAGCCGCUCAUAAGAGGGGGUGCUCACCCCAAUUUGCACAUCAAGACUUACCUCAGAGGGGGAGCCCGGACCUCGCUGUGAGUCGAGCUAGUCUCAGAGAUUUGACGCCAGCAGGCUGGCGACUUCUACGGUGCAGAGAAAGAUGUUGGUGGCCCAUUCCACGCCCUUUUGUGUUUGGCUGUUCUCACCUCUUGGUCCUCUUUCCUACUUGGCUACAGAUUGAGGAGUAAAAUAACGUGCAACUCUGUCCCCUGCCCGGAACAAUUAAUACCAAAUCGUUAACUUCUCGACUGAGGAGCCAACGCACCACGCAGACGCUCGUCCUGACUGGAAGCUUGUGCAGGAGCAUGCUGGCCCACUCUGUAGCGAAGCGCCAUUUUUCCAUUGCAGAAGAUGGACUUCUGUCUGCUUGGUAAUGGCCUCCAGGUCCCGGCUUUCUAGGAGAACCCCUAAAAAGCUUUCUUGGGGACUCUGUUGAGUCACUUCUACCCAGGGCGCAAAAUUAUAGGGCCUCCCUAAAGGUGGGGAGAGAAGUCCUGUUCAAGCUGUUUCCAUGGCAACCAAGUAGACCUAAAGGUAGGGCUCACCUGCGCCAGUUAAUCCAGCCUCUAGGUGGCACUAGAGUGCCAUCCUGCUCUUGCUGCCAUUUUCCCUCUUCUCUAUAUUUACAUACUAUUAAAGUUCUCAGGUCUCUUUUGUUACCUCCAGUUGGGUAAAAUGGUGGGUUAUAGGGCAACCAUUUUUGACUCCAUGCACCUCAAAUGGGCUAACUUACAGAAUGUGUCCAAAAUCUGGGCUCCAUGACUAGGAAUUGAAAUUUGGGAAAUUUGGGGCCAUUUCAGCGCACUGUUGCACCACCGAAUCAAAUAGUCAUCCUUUCCGACACUCCCUGACAUCUUCGGCAAUGGAGAAGCCAGAAAGGUAAGUCACAAGUUGUUCAGGUAAGUCUCCCCCACUCACACAACACCCAGUCCCUCUUGGCUUCACCGACAUUGGCCAUUCACGUACCGAUGCACAGCUGCGUCGCAGUUCUGCGUGUGAACGCCAUCUCAUACCAUCUGUUCUACAUCCCUGCUUACCCUUUCCGACCCAUGCUACAUACCUGUGCAUCCUGUCUGACCUUUUUUACACCCUUGCACACCUUUGCCGGUUCUUCACCCUGUUGGACCUCCACAGCACCUCUCACGCAUUCCCUGCACAUCCUUCCUGACCUGUUUUGCACCCGUGUGGCACCUUUCAUGCCUCCUUCUCAAUUCUCAUGAUACCUCCAACUUGUGCAGAAUCCUUUUUUUUUAUUAAUUCAACAGGAAAGCUACCAGGAAGUCUAAAUUUGAUGUAGCAGCAAGGAAGAAGGCAGGCAGGAAGGAAGGAAGGAAGGUGCCAGGCAGAUCAAGGAAAGCAUAUUGACUUUAAUUCCCAUGUUGGGGAAUUCUGGGAAUUGAAGUCUGCACGUCAUAAACUGUUAUGUUUAAUCUUCAAGGUCUCAUCACAAAAACACCAAGGAAAUUAGCAUCUUCCCAUGAGAAAAAUUUCUUAAUAAACUUAAGGGUCUCGAUCCAAAUCCCUCCACCUUCUUAAUCUUUUGCUAACCUUUCCAAAAUCCAGACACAAAACAUGCUUUUGCUACCUGGUCCAAGAAGUCAUAUAUUUUCAAAAAAAUAAAUAAAAAUAAAUCAAAUUUACACCAUCAUCCUUUUAAGGAGAAACUCACCGAUGAAUACAGUAAAACCUUACUGGUCUGAAGGGUCUUAAUCUCUCCGUUAUGCAAGGGAGGGGGAACAUCAAAAAGCAAUUAAGAAAUGGCCUCGACUUAGUGAUCGUAAAAAUCUGUGCUGCAACUCCCAGUCGCUUCGCUCAGAAGCCAAUGACAAAAAUGACAGUUCUGCUGUCAUGGUCUGCUCACGAGGAGUGGCUAUCCAGAGUCACGUGGAUAACAUCUACAAACUCUCUUCUUCUGGAGAGGUUUUGUCUAUAUGGAUCCAACAUCCACCGUGAUUUCCUUGUGAAUGAUGUCCUGCUAACAGAAGUGAUUGGGUGGGGGUGUGUGUGCAGAUUUUGGUCACAUUCUGUAAGUUAGCCCGUUUGAAAAACAUUGAUUGAAAACUCGUUUUGCCCAAUUGGAGGUUACAGACGUGAGAAUUUUAAUGUCCUAGAGACAGAUAAAGCUUUUGUUGAAGCUUUUGUGCAUUUUAAUCAAGCAGCAGACCUGAAGCCUGAAGGAUCCACAUAAAAGAGAGAAGAGUGCUCACUUUGGGUACUCCGAUCCACACAGUAAAUUCUUUCGACUGGACGCAGCAGUGAUGAUGCUAAGAGAUGACGCAUGGACACAGACCAUUAUGAUGACUUCUAACUGUUACACAGUUUUUUAAAAAAAAACACGUAUUUUCAAAGGUUGAUUUUAUUUUAUUUUUUACUACUCCCAGUUGGCCUUCGUGUCCCUUGACACUCAAGGACACAAUCUGGCCGAAACUCAACUGCACAAGCAACCUCAAAUUUCAUGACAAAACAUGUAAAGCCUAGAAGAGAUGGAAUUUGAAGGAAGGAAAAAAAGAAGCAGGAAGGAGCAAUCUUGCUUAACAGCAAAUUACGUUCUGUUUUUACAUUUCUUUUCUUAAUCUUCUUUUCUUUUCUUAGUCAUCUGAGGGUAUACAGCUACCCCAAAUAAAAAGUAUCUCUUUGGCAGUUGAUGUGUACAUUAUUUCUGUGGUUCAUGCUCCUUCCAUUACAGAGAGUGUGAAAAACACUUCUGAGUGCUAGAUUGCAAUCUAGUGAAUUAUCCAGAAGGUAGGUAACCCCAGUUUCCUUGGAUCACAUGUAGAAGAACACUAGGAAAUAGUUGGAGAGGUGAGUAGAACUACCCUUCCUACAAUCUAAUGGUUUUUUUUUCAGAGUUGGUGACUUUUAAGAUGCGUGGACUUCAACUCCCAGAAUUCCUCAGCCAGCAUGGCUAGCUGGGGAAUUCUGGGAGUUGAAAUCCAGGCAUGCUAAAGUCAAGUUUGAAAAACACUGGUCUAACGCAAAGCAAGUUGGCCUGAGUUUGCUUUUUACAAGGAGAACGUCCUUGGGCAUUCAGCGUCCACGUCCUCUUUUCCGUCGAGGGAUGAAGGAAGAAGAUCAAGAUAUCGGAACCGGCGUUCUCAUCUAGAAAGCCUCUGAACCGAACGGCCCUGUGAUCACGGCCGGGAUGGAGCAAAGCUGGAUUUUCAGCAGACAGAGAAGCGUCUUAACCGAA